GCAGAAACGUUGGUGACACUUCGUAGACAUGCUGAGGUUUUUGGUUUUGACAACUCUGGCAGCCCUGGUGCUGGCUGAGCUGGAGCCCCAGCCCAGGUAUCUGGAGGACAGCCUGGAGAGGGUUGUAGGAGGCGAGGUGGCCCGCCCCAAUUCUUGGCCUUGGCAGAUCUCGCUUCAGUACAAGUCUGGCACCAGGUUCUACCACACCUGUGGAGGAACCCUGAUUGAGAAAGGCUGGGUCAUGACAGCUGCUCACUGCGUGGACAGCCGCAGGACCUGGCGUGUGGUUCUGGGUGAACACGACCUCAACAGCGGCAACGGCAGAGAGCAGAUCAAGAGCGUAAGUCGGGUUUACAUCCACCCCAGAUGGAAUUCCAACAGUGUGGCUGGCGGGUAUGACAUCGCCCUGCUGCGUCUGUCCUCUGAGGCCACACUCAACUCUUACGUCCAGCUGGGCUCUUUGCCUCCCUCCGGACAGAUCCUGCCCCACAACAACCGUUGCUACAUCACCGGAUGGGGACGCACAUCCACCGGAGGCAACCUGUCCCCUCAGCUGAAGCAGGCUUACCUUCCUCUGGUCGACCACAAGACCUGCACCAGCUCAGGCUGGUGGGGCAGCACCAUCAAGACCUCCAUGGUGUGUGCCGGUGGUGCCUCUGAGUCUGGAUGCAACGGUGACUCAGGUGGCCCUCUGAACUGCCUGGUGAAUGGAAAGUACUACGUGCAUGGUAUUGCCAGCUUUGUCUCCGGCCUGGGAUGCAAUGCUCCCAGGAAGCCCACCGUCUUCACCCGAGUGUCUGCCUACAUCGAAUGGAUGGACUCGAUCAUGAUGUAAACACACAAGUUCAAGAAGCAGCACAUGGAGCAAAGGCAUCAUUUCUUUGGUCCUCUGGUCCACUGUAUUGAAUUCUAACAAAAUAAAGGUCAUUCACGUA